AUCUGAGUUGUGAGAGGAUGCCCUGUGAGACAGCCUAUCUCAGCCAGCUUAUAUAUUGCUGUCAGAAGUAAUUAGAGAAACAGUUGACACUGUUGGGACUUGGCCCAGCAUCCUUCAGCACAUCUGAGCAGCAUCCAAAUUGGGACUGGCUUCAGCUUCUGCUUCUUUGUACUCAACUCACCUUCUCCAGAGAAUUAGCAAACCACUCAAAUUUGCCAUCACCAUUACUGGUUCUGUGCUGCUUUCCCCAAGCUCCAUCAGGCACAGACAGAACUGCUUUUCUGUCUUUGUUGGAGCUGAAGUCUCUGCUGCAGGUUUACUCUGGAACUGAUCAGCACAGACUCUGCAGUUCCCAGUCACAGAAGAGGCUUGGAGAAAGAUUGUCGUGGUGGAGAACAGCGCUUUGUCCACGUGAUCUUGGCAGGCUGCACCAUUAGCUCAGUUAUGCCUGCAGCAGAAGCACCCAUUUUCACCCCUAUCUUUGAGGGAUCACUACUGGUAGCUAAGUAUUUUGGAAGCAUUUGGACAUCAGUCUGCAGAUCAGACCAAACAACAAAAGACCGAAUUAAUCAACAUUACAACAAAAGUGAGCUCCACUGGAGAAAAUGUUUUAGGUGGAUGAUAUAGCUAGCUACAAGCAGCUAUAUCUAAGCUAAAGCAGCCUGGAACAUGGGCACAAGGAAUCUCAGCAGUGAACUUGGGAAAAUGAUGUCUAACGUGGUGUCUGUUUCUUUGCUUCUAGGAACUCUAUUUUCAGAGCAUUUCCAGAGAGUCCUACUUACAUAGCUUCUCCACUUCAUUGGAGCAGGGGAGACGAGUUGAGAAGGAAUCGACUUUAUUCUUUCCGCUCAGCAAAAUAUUGGACCAGAGCUGCAACAGGUAUGGAAACAGUUGGAGGGAUGUGGCUGCACAGAAUGGAUUGUGUUGGGUCAAGGCAUCCUGUGUUCUGGGAAGAAUGGUGGAAGAGGAGGAAGACUUAAGUGCUAUCUUGCAUUACAGUAUCCAUUUCAGAUCACAGUCUUCUAGGGAGACAUCCCACCUCCUAAGAGCAUGCAGGCUAGGGUGGGGCACAGAGAUUCCUGUCUCCAACAACAGUUCUCCAAAACUCCACUGACCCUUUGUCUGUUUGCAAGGUGAUAUCACAGUGUAUGUCUGAUCUGAUGAAACCGAAGCUAAUGCUGGUGCCUGCAUAUGAUGGAAACAGAACUCAGACCACAAACCUGGGAACAUUGGCCUCAUAUUAGCGUUCCCAUGGUUUGGAAUGGAUAUCGGAGGAACAUUGGUUAAACUGGUCUACUUUGAACCUAAAGACAUUACUGCAGAAGAGGAACAGGAGGAGGUGGAAAACCUGAAAAGCAUUAGGAAAUACUUGACCUCCAAUACAGCUUAUGGUAAAACUGGCAUUCGUGAUGUCCAUCUUGAACUGAAAAAUUUGACUAUGUGCGGACGCAAAGGAAAUCUGCAUUUCAUCCGCUUCCCCAGCUGUGCCAUGCACAGAUUCAUACAGAUGGGUAGUGAAAAGAACUUCUCCAGUUUGCAUACUACACUGUGUGCCACGGGAGGUGGAGCUUACAAAUUUGAGGAGGACUUUAGAACGAUUGCUGACCUGCAGCUCCAUAAACUGGAUGAAUUGGACUGUUUGAUCCAGGGCCUGCUUUAUGUUGAUUCUGUUGGUUUCAAUGGACAACCAGAGUGUUAUUAUUUUGAAAAUCCUACGGAUCCUGAACAAUGCCAGAAAAAGCCUUACUGCCUUGAUAAUCCAUAUCCUAUGUUGCUGGUUAACAUAGGCUCAGGGGUCAGCAUUCUAGCUGUGUAUUCUAAGGAUAACUAUAAGAGAGUCACAGGGUCCAGUCUUGGAGGUGGAACAUUCCUGGGCCUGUGCUGUUUGCUAACUGGCUGUGAGACAUUUGAAGAAGCUUUAGAAAUGGCUGCAAAAGGAGACAGCACCAAUGUGGAUAAGCUGGUGAAAGAUAUUUAUGGAGGAGAUUAUGAGAGAUUUGGCCUUCAAGGAUCUGCUGUAGCCUCAAGCUUUGGCCAUAUGAUGAGUAAAGAAAAGAGAGAUUCCAUCAGUAAAGAGGACUUGGCCAGAGCUACUUUGGUCACCAUCACCAACAACAUAGGUUCUAUUGCUCGCAUGUGUGCAUUGAAUGAGAACAUCGAUAAGGUGGUAUUUGUUGGAAACUUUCUUAGAAUUAAUAUGGUUUCUAUGAAGGUGCUAGCAUAUGCUAUGGAUUAUUGGUCCAAAGGACAGCUGAAAGCUCUGUUUUUGGAACAUGAGGGUUAUUUUGGAGCUGUUGGGGCUCUUCUAGAAUUGCUUAAAAUGACAGAUGAUCAGUGAGAAAGCUGAUCAGAGAUCACUACUGCAGAUGCUGCUGGAUGAGAGUGAAAACCACUACAAGGAUGGAAAUGAAGCCAUUAUGGUAGUUCUACCUGCUGGAUUUGUAAAUAAUUUAAAAUUCUUUUAGCUGAUCUUUAACUUCUGGGUUUUGAGCUUAUAUUUCAGAAUUCAUACUGGGAAUAACAACUUUUUUCUGUAUACUGUCUUUUUUUAAGGGAAAAUAUGUGCAACGUGGCCAAACAUACAGAUUUUAUGGAUUUAUUUUAAAAGGUGGAAACUGUUUAAUGUAGAACCUGUACUAUGAGGCAUCUGCUUUUCUUCUGGGGUUUACUGAUUAGUGUGGUAAUUUUAACUUCAUUUAGUAAUCACUCUAGGAGAUUUUUUUUAUCUUAUAUUUUCAUGACGUUUCAUGAUUUGUUCUUGGUUUCAAAUGAAACUGCAAAGCUGAUGCAUUUUACUGUGAAAACUGGUUAUUGAUUUGUUGCCUCUCCUUUCUUCAUUAGAUGAGACACUACUUUCCCCCCCACCCUCCCUCUUCAAAAAAAAAAAAAAAAAAAAAAAAAAAAAAAAAAAAGAGAUGACAAGCUUUCUGUGACUGUGGGUUUCUUCUGGCUUGCAAGGCUGCAAGAAAACCUGAGUGGGGGGGCAUUUAAAAUCUUAAUUUUUCAGUAGUCCUGUGACUUAACAGAAACAGGCUGCUAAUUGCUUUUGCAGAAUUAAUUCUCCUUUAUAUUAUUGAAAACUUUAAACAAGAUGGAAACUAAAACUUUAAUUAUUGGGUCAACGCUAAAAUGAAAUCCUGUGUCUGUUGAAAAUCUCUGAUCUAUGUAAAGAGUUCUGUAGUACAGAUGUUAUUUAUAUGGUACAUGCUUGGUGUUAGAUGACAAAGGGGGAUUGCUUCCACUUAUUUGAAGAUUUCUCUGUAGUCUGCAACUUUAAAGUUCAUCUUAAUCAAAAACAACUGAUAGCUGCAUUAUUUAAAUCCUGAUUUUUAAAAUUAGAAAAAUACACAGUAAUGUAUUUUCUGUUUUUAAGCUAAUGUUAAUUUUCCCUUCAGGGCACUAAGGUUUGAGUAUUUAUUCCAGUAGAGUAUUUUCACCUUUUUUUUUAUUUGUGGACCUCCAGAUUUUUCCAGUUGAAUUGAGACCCAUUGGAAAUCUGUGCACUUAGGUUGCUUCUUCAUAGCAUGUAUGAACUUGCUGCUCUUAGACACAUCAAAGGCUCACAAAACAAAGGCUGCAAACCAGUCUGUAAAUGAUUCUGUCUUGCAAACCUGUAUGUGAUGUCACAUAAUGUUAAGGGCUCAUCAGAGAAACAGUAUAAAAUGCAUUCACAUGUAUCAUCCAAUAUAUUUUUUGAAGGGUGGUGAUUUCAUUUUUGGAUUAGUCAUUAAUUUCCAUAUCUCCCAAAUGUUGAAGUAAAUACAUAUUAACCAAAGUGUUAACUUGUCUGACAGAAAUAAAAACCACUACCAUUUGAAGAUUUUAA